AUGGAACCUUCGGCAAUAGAACAGCUCAAGACACACGUUACGCCUUUCGGGUCAAUAUCUCAGGAUUCCGGUACAAUUGCGAGAUACUUUGACAGUUUUGGCAACUGUAAAGUCUUACUUAUAGGUGAUGCUUCUCAUGGCACAUCUGAGUUUUACUCUGUUCGUGCCGAGAUCACGAAGUACAUGAUCGAAAGCCACGGCUUCAAUAUUGUUGCAGUUGAAGCAGAUUGGUCUGAUGCCGAGCAUGUAGACAGAUAUGUCAGACACCGUCCAGGCCCAGGGCAAGGUGCAGUGGAAACAACACAGAUGGCGGAGAAGGAAAAAAGAGAGCCACCAUUCUUACGUUUCCCAACAUGGAUGUGGCGCAAUGUGGAAGUUCAUGACUUUGUCGAAUGGAUGCGGUCUUACAACUCUGGUCGCGAAGUCACGGAAGCCGCUGGGUUUUAUGGACUUGACCUCUACUCAAUGGGGACGUCAAUGAAAGCAGUCAUCGAUUAUCUGGACACUGUUGAUAAGGACAUGGCAAAAGUGGCAAGGGGGCGAUAUAUCAACCUGAUGGACUGGUUGGAAGAUCCCCAUGAAUAUGGUCUAGAGUCAUUGGCAACGUCUUUCAAGGGAUAUGAGCAAGACGUCGUUGCAAUGCUCGGGGAUCUCCUGAGGAAACGGAUCGAAUACUCUGCAGCACUUGACGGUGGUGUCGAGUUCCACAAUGGAGAGCAGAAUGCUAGAGUUGUGAAAGGUAAAUUGAACAUCCGACGUCUUUUAUCUUCAUUUCGAGUAAGGAUUGACUUUUCCACAGAUGCUGAGCAGUAUUACAAGGCCAUGUACCGAGGACAAGACAAAUCUUGGAAUCACCGAGAUAUGCACAUGUUUGAGACCCUCAAGAGAGUCCUUGAGCAUCGGGGUGAGGGUUCCAAGGCCAUCGUCUGGGCGCACAACAGCCACAUAGGUGAUGCUCGCGCCACAAGUAUGAGCUGGGCUAGUCACGAACUCAACAUUGGGGAACUUUGCAAGAGGGAAUUCGGAGACGAUGCUCUUAGCAUCGGGACAGGCACCAACACCGGUACUGUUGCUGCAGCCCAGAAUUGGGAGAGUGACAUGAACAUCAUGAAGGUCCAACCGGGGCUCCCGGGCAGUUAUGAAGAGCUUAUGCAUGCAACGGGCAUCGGUAACUUUGUCCUGGAUCUGCGCAAAGGGAAAUGUGAUGAGAAACUACGGGAGGCGCUACGCGGGGAACGGCUGGAGAGAUCUAUCGGUGUGAUAUACAAACCAGAGACGGAGAAGGCCUCACAUUACUCGUAUGCCAUCUUGCCGGACCAGUUUGAUGGAUACAUCUGGUUUGACGAGUCGAAACAUGUUGGAACAUUGGAGAUUCACCAACCUCGAUCGCCGCUGGAGUACCAUGAAACUUGGCCAUUCGGGUUAUAG